ACGCAGAGAGAUCGUUGUAUUCCGUGGUGGACGCCGGGAGGCUGAAGAUGGCGACUUCGUUAGGAGCGAAUACGUACAAUAGACAAAAUUGGGAAGACGCGGACUUUCCCAUCCUGUGUCAAACAUGUCUGGGGGAGAAUCCGUACAUCCGGAUGACAAAAGAGAAAUACGGAAAGGAAUGCAAGAUCUGUGCCCGGCCCUUCACUGUGUUCCGCUGGUGCCCGGGCGUGCGCAUGCGCUUCAAGAAGACCGAGGUGUGCCAGACCUGCAGCAAGACGAAGAACGUGUGCCAGACCUGCCUGCUGGACCUGGAGUACGGCUUGCCGAUCCAGGUGCGUGACACGGGCCUGUCAAUCAAAGACGACAUGCCGAAGUCAGACGUGAACAAGGAGUACUACACCCAGAAUAUGGAGAGAGAGAUCCAGAACUCGGACGGCCAGCGGGGCCCCGUGGGGCUCCUGGGGAAGGCCCCCAGCUCCAGCGACAUGCUGCUGAAACUUGCCCGCACCACGCCCUACUACAAGAGGAACCGCCCCCACAUCUGCUCCUUCUGGGUGAAGGGCGAGUGCAAGAGGGGCGAGGAGUGCCCCUACAGGCACGAGAAGCCGACGGACCCGGACGACCCGCUGGCGGACCAGAACAUUAAGGACCGGUACUACGGGAUAAACGACCCGGUGGCGGACAAGCUGCUGAAGCGGGCCUCCACCAUGCCCCGUCUGGACCCCCCAGAGGACCGGGCCAUCACCACGCUGUACGUGGGGGGCCUGGGGGACAGCAUGACCGACGCAGACCUCCGGAGCCACUUCUACCAGUUUGGGGAGAUCCGCUCCACCACCGUCGUGCCGAGGCAGCAGUGCGCCUUCGUGCAGUUCACCACGCGCCCCGCGGCCGAGCUCGCCGCCGAGAAGUCCUUCAACAAGCUCAUCAUCAACGGCCGGCGCCUCACCGUCAAGUGGGGCAGGUCCCAGGGAGCCAGAGGGAAGGAGAGGGACCGGGAUGGGGUCCGGGAUGGGGUCAGCGAGAGUGGGACGAGACUGGAGCCAGUGCCUGGGCUUCCUGCUGUUCAGUCUCUGCCCCCGCCCCCCCCAGAGGAGGAAGCCCCCGCCAACUACUUCAACCUGGGCCCCAGCCCCUCCCCCGCCAUCCUCAACAUCAACAUCGCACUACCUCCCCCCCCGCCCGGGAUCAGCAACCCUCCCCCCCCAGGCUUUGGCCCGCCGAUGUUCCAUUCCGUGGGUUCAAUGGCCCCUCCGCCUCCCCCGCCCCUCUCCAUGAGACCUUCUGGCCGCAUCCUCUACCCUUCCCAGGAUCCCCAGCGCAUGGGCGCCCACGCCAGCCGCCAUGGCGGCUCCUAGUCUUGCAGUUUCCUCGACGCGCCCUAAAACUUAAUGGUCUCCGGAGGCGACUGGGAUUCUGUGAAAUAGCUGCUUACACGUUCAGUGUCAAUGUACCAAUUCUUUAUCCCGUUACUGGUGAAAGAAACCGUUCAAAUGGACAGUUUCAAAUGAACUGCAAAACUACAAACUAAAAUGAGCUACUCUGCGAAGCUAAUUGGCAAAGGAGAGGAAAAUACUUUUCUGCUUGAGCCAAGAAGAGCUCUCUCUGCGAUAGUGGUGUGAACAUUUCAGCGGGUGAAUGAGGGGAGAAUCUCUCCAGGGCUCACCCCCGUCCCUCCUGAGAGUAACCCAAAAAGACAGACUGGGGACAGUGGACGACAGCGAUCAUCAACUCUGGCCCUCAAAUCCGAAUCCAGCUCUGGUUUUCUUUUCUCCCGGGUAAUUAGUGCUACUGAUUGGCCAGACUGUCUUCACACCUGACUCUCCCAGGUAAAGGGAGGAUAGAAAUGAGUUGCUGUUCCCUGAAGGAAAUAAAAAAUGCCUUGUUCGUUUGAAGACGGGGAGGGGCUAACCUUAACCUACAGGUCACCCGUUUAGAGGUUCUGUGUAAGGAAUGAGGGCGCACAGGAUCACCCUCCCCUGCUCCAGGACGAAGUGUCAUGGCCAAACCUCUACCACUGCCUUGCGGAGAUGAUUCCUGCCUUCCGGAAACGUUUGGCUCUGUUCAAUCAAAAACACAACACGCUUCGCUUUUAACAUCGAAUAAUAGCCAUCUUCGACUUCAACAUCUGCUGAAACUACUGCUGAAACUGUGAUUGAGUGAGUUUAGUAGCUUUCUCAUGCUAAUGUUAUCUUGGUUUUUCCACCAAUGAGGAUCUUGCACAACGCUUAAUGGCCUCUAGGUUGCGCCUGUUUUGCACUUUUGCUCAUUCCACGCACAGAACUGUGAGCUUGACUGUUACUGGAGUCAGAUGGGUGAUGUGGUGAGACACCUUUCGCUCAAAGUUAAGAGCAAAGGCCAUUGUUUUUUUGGUUGUGCCUGGGCCUUUUAGAGGUUUUUUUUUUUCUUUUUUUUUUCCUAGAACACUACUGCUUUCAAUUACCAGUACUGAUUGUGAUGUCAGAUUUGGAAUGUUCAGUGAAGAACGUUCUAAUCAUGUAUUUAUUUGAUCUAGUCCAUCUGUGUCUCACUACCAAGUGUCUCCAUUGUCAAGAUGCAUUAAACCAUCAAACUGCUCCAAAUGAAAGCCUUACUUUCCUUUUACCAUCCAUUCUCCUUUUUAGUUUUUUUGAAGAAUGACACGUAUAUCCACUAUGAACAUAAAAAUAAUCCAAAUUUGCAGUCAACUGGAGGCUUUUAUCAUUUUAUUUUUGCUCCAAAAUAAACUGAAGUUUAAUUCCUAAACCAUUCUUAUUUUAACUUAAUAAUGUCAUAUAAUAUAAUGAUAAUAAUAAUCAUUAUAAUAAUAAUAAAUUUCAUGAUCUCC